UAUGGCAUCAUGGUAAUCUAUUAUUUUCAUGUGUUCCCCUAGAAACCCUAGAGGUUUGUGGUGUGUCAUGAUGGCAAAUCCCAAUAUGAAUCGAUAUGGCGCCUCCAAGUUCAACCUUCAAAAUAUCUUGGAAAUUGGACCACUGAGUAUUAAUGAGGUGCACCCUGCGACUGAGGAAGAUCGUCUGUGGACAUUCCUGAGAAGGCUUAUGGCCCUUAACAAGGAGGCAAGGAAUGCUGGGUGUCUGAGAAGUAGUGAAGAUAUUCCAAAUCAAGAUAUCUUCAAAGAGUUUGAGCUUGAUGAUGAUGAUAAUCCUACAGACUCUAUGCAUCCUCUUGACAUCCUAUGUGCUGUCCUCCAUAAAUCUAAUUCAGUUUUACAACAGGAGAUUACAUCGAAAAUGUGUAUGUGUCAGUUUGCCAUUCCACUACUGCUCCCUGCGGGUGAUGGACCAGGCUGCACCUUCAUGCUAUGGGCAAUUAGAGAUAUUGUAAAGAGGUGGAGACCUCAUUCAUUAGCAGAGACCAAAGGGUUUAAAGAGGACAGUGUGGUGAACAUCUCCAUGCCUAUAUUUUCUUUUGUGAGACUGGGCCAAAACAAAAUGUCCAAAUCUAAAACCCUCAAUCAAGUGCUCAGCCCAGCUCAGCAAGGUCAUAGCUUCUUUAUACACGACAACAUGGAGGGCGGAGACAUUCAGAAGAAGAUCUCCAGUGGGUUAGUUGAAAUAUCAUGGUAUUUUCCUGCAGGGAAAGAAACUUCUGAUAUUUUCCCAGAGCCCAUUGCAGUUACGAAUCUUCGUGGUGAUUUGGGCUCUAACUGGACCCAGUUCCAUUUCUUAAUGCAAGUCUCAUCUGCUGUGUUUAUAUUUGCCAAUAGUAUUUCUGAGAAUGAUUAUAAACUGUUAUCCAGCUUUAGAGGUUUUGAGACGGGUGUCUCUUUCAUUAUUAGUCCCAGUAGUGAUAAACAUGAAAAUAAGAAGUCCUUGGGUUUUCUCAAAAUGUUGAUUUCUAUGCUAAAUAUUAACCCAGCACAUAUAAUAAACAAGGAAAAGAUCAAUGAGACACAACUCGUCAAAAGGUUGCAAAACAUUAUAAGUGACCUUAUGAAGAAUUCUUGUACGAGAGUAAAACUUGAAGACAUGUCAGGUGAAGCUAUCAAGCUUGGAAUCAAGGUAGAUGAGAGUGCUGAAGAAUUUCAGAAAGCAAAGAAAUGGGCCAUGGGAAUUACGAAUGAGAUUGGUGAUGUGGUAGAGUAUAAGAGAAAGAACAUGAAGCUACAAGGACAGCUGUGGAAAGAACUGUCCCAGUUAGAGAAGGAGUUUUGCAGAAUGAAGAAACAAGGACUUCAAAAUGCUGAAGACUAUAGGUGUCAUCUGAAAAAGAAGCGUUUACUGCUACACCAGGAGCAGAACAAACAGGACCUGCCCGACGGUAUGAAUAAGUUCAUAACUGCAAUGACUCAAUUAUCUGACGCUGAGAAGGUUAAUUUUUUAAAAUGGAUGAAAUUUAGUCUUGAUUCAAUAUCUAGAGAUGUUAUGUCAACCUUGCACGCUAAGUACAGUCAGAUUUAUAGUAAAAGAGUAAGUGACCAUACAGAGCUAAAGGAGAUAGAUUGUUUGAUAUCUGGUAGUUCUUUGGGAGUUGAACACUUUCUACGUGAGAUGGGGCAGUUUUAUGAGUCGGAAUGUGCACUCAUCAGAGAAAAGCUGAUUAAUAUAAACCAGAGGAAGUUUAGCAAACUCCCUGAAAUUGCUGCAAAGCUCCUGCUGGAUGGCUUCCCAUUGGAACUGAUAGAUGGAGAUGCCUCCAAUGUCCCUAUGCAUUGGAUAACAGAUAUUUUGACUGAACUGGACAACAUGACAGGAAAGGGAUGGAAAUUGAGAGUAAUCUCUGUGCUGGGAGUGCAGAGCACAGGGAAAUCCACCCUCCUGAACACCAUGUUUGGGCUGCAGUUCCCUGUGGCCAGUGGGAGAUGCACACGAGGAGCCUUCAUGACACUGAUUAACGUGAAAGAAGACUUCAGAGAGGAAUUGGGCUGUGAGUUUAUCCUAGUGAUUGACACUGAAGGUCUGAAGGCUCCAGAACUUGGACCUCUAGAGGACAGCUAUGAACAUGAUAAUGAGCUGGCAACUCUAGUGGUUGGGCUGAGUGAUAUCACAGUAAUCAACAUGGCUAUGGAAAAUAUAGUAGAAAUGCGGGACAUUUUGCAGAUUGUUGCUCAUGCCUUCCUCAGAAUGAAAGAAAUUGGGAAAAAACCCAUUUGUCAGUUUGUCCAUCACAACUGCAGUGACGUGUCUGCUCCUGAAAAGAACAUGAGAGACAGAGUGAAACUGUUGGAACAGCUGAACGAUAUGACUAAAGUGGCAGCAAAGAUGGAGAAAAAGAGUGGAAUCACUUCUUUCAGUGAUAUAAUGACCUAUAAUCAUGAGACAGACAACUGGUACAUUCCAGGGCUCUGGUAUGGGGUCCCACCCAUGGCUUCUGUAAACACAGGAUACAGUGAAAAUGUUGAUUCACUAAAAAGACAUUUGUUUCACCUACUUAAACAACUGAAAGGCAUUCAGAAUCCGCAGAGUAUUAUUGAACUUACAAUAUGGAUAAAUAGCUUGUGGAGUGCAGUGAAGCAUGAAAAAUUCAUCUUUGCCUUCAAGAAUAGCCUGGUGGCAGAAGCGUAUGACAAACUUGCUGUAAAAUACUCCGAAUGGGAGUGGGACUUCCGCAAGCAACUUCAUACCUGGAUCAUGAAGGUAGAGACAACCAUCACCAAUCAGCCAGCUGAUAAAAUACAACCAGACACAGAAGUGAGGUUAAAGAGCAAAGUAUCUGAAAUUUUAAAAAACGAAGAAACAAAUAUGCUAAAAUCAAUAGAAGAUUAUUAUAAAAGCUCAACUGGAAACGUCCAUCUGAUUGAACGUUACCGAGAAGAAUUUUUAGCAAGUGUGAGAUGUCUCAGGCAGGAGCUCGAAAACUCAACAUCUAAUAAAAUUGAGGAGAUUAUUAGACGGAAAAAAUCUAACGAUCAGUUCCAAGUCGUCCAGAACAAAUACCAGAAAGUCAUUGAGGAUAAAGUCAGCGGUCUUGUCAUAGAGUGCAGACAGAACAAAAAUAUUGGAAAGAAGAAAGCAAAAGGCAUGUUUGAAACAAUGUGGAGAAAAGCAAUCUCGGAAUUGCCAAAGUGUCAAAUAAAGAAACUCAACGUCAGUCAAGAGAUGCUCGGGCAUCUUAUUAAGGAUAUGGACAAUAAGGGAGCUGUCAUAAAGGAGAGGUUACUUAAUGUAAAAAACUUAUCUCAGUAUGGAAAACAACCUUUCCAGAUGGAUAAGGAUUACAUAGCUGGAAACUGGAAUCCGUUAGUCAUCAUUAAAGAAUAUUUCACCAGUGCUUCCCAUAACAAGAUAGACGAACUGGCUAGAUCUCUGGUGAGAAGAUGUGAUGAUUAUGUUACGGAACAAAUUAACAAAAAAAAUGCCUAUGAUAGCAUAUAUUGCCAUGAACUGCUCAACAUGGUCAAUAAGAGACUCAGGGAGAAAGAUGUUCUGAAUCUACCCACAACACAUUUGUUUGAGUUGGACAUUAAACUGAAUAUUUUGGGAAGUGCAGCCCUGAAACUACAAGCGAUGCACAACAACUUUGUACAGGAAAAUGAUCCAAAACUUUUUCUCGAAAAACUCAAACCCUACUACUUGGCAAGCCUUCAAAAUAUUUUCCACCGAGAAAAAGAUGAACGUCAAAGUAGAGCUCAACGUUUUUGUGAGCUGUGCCUGAAGCCAGCUCUGGUGGAGCACAUCAACAGGCAUCUUGGGAAAGCAAUCGUCGACGAUAUUUUUCACAGUGGAAAUUUCAAAGAGUUCUCUAGCAGUCGCCAUUUCCAGUUUGCUGUGCUCAAGAACCUUCUAGAAGAGAAAGACUUUCACCAGUAUCUAGGCUAUAUUAACUAUUAUGAGAAGUUUGUGAAAUCUUGGAUAACAAAAACAAUGCUGAAAAAGUAUGAAAAGUCCAAAGAACUCGAGACUUUACAAAUAAACAUCCUGUCUAGCAUCUGCAAGAAAGUCACGGACGUUCUCAAAGAACUCAGAUCAGUAGGGCUUCUCACCACUUCUGACUUUUUACAAGAAUUUUGCAAGAAGCUUAGAAAUGAUCUGGUCAUUUCACAGAACAAAAUCCUUGUAGUCAUUUUUCAGAUUGAAGAUGACAUUCAGAGUUUUUCAGAUGGCAUUCAGCUGUAUCUCACUGAGAUAGAAAAACAAUUAGCAUCAGAAAUGAAAUCUUCCAGUACCGAAUCGGUGCUUUCCAAGUCACCACUCAACCCCGUGGAUGCAGUGUUCAAGUCUGUCUGUGGCUGUUCAAAAUGUUGUCCAUUCUGUAAAGUUCCCUGUGAGGCCUCGGGUAGUGACCAUGUGAUGCACUUUGCAUCUGCUCAUAGACCCAAGGGUUUGGCCAAAUGCACCUGGAAAACAAAUGGCUCUCUUGCUACCUCCAUAUGUUCUACUGAUGUUGUUACUGAACUCCAAUUUGUAAGCCCAGAAACAGAUUGGAAACCUCAUCCCUACAAAGAAUUCCAAACCAUCUACCAAGACUGGACCAUUCAGCCUUCAGACUCUGGGGAAUCGUUUCAUUACUGGAAAUACAUCUUUAAAGAGUUUAACAAAGAGUUUGCAGAUGCCUAUUUGGCAGAAACAGCUAAGUUGGCAGAAGACUGGAAGGUUCUGACUGCCGAGGAAGCUCUGAGAAGCCUAGAAGAAACAUUUUUCAUGAAGUAAAAAGUAAAACACAGUUAACCUGUUUUUCUUCUUACAUUGUCCUCCCAAAUUCAUUGCAUCAUUGUGCUUUGGUAUCUUCUACAAACAUAGUAACAUAGUAAGUUAGGUUGAAAAAAGACGUAGGUCCAUCACGUUCAACCAU